AUGAGCUGUGAUCCUAAGGAGGGUUCUGCAUCUUUUACUAAAAAGCCACGCCUCGUCGAAGGGAUCAUUGGUCCUGGUGAUAUAAAUAGCUCAGACAAGGGAAAAUCGGAGUCUGAACAGCCUGCCGCAGUAGUAACAAAAGAUGAGCAAGUACCAACCUAUAAGGAUGAUGAUGAUUAUUAUAGUGAAGAUGUUGAUGUCGAUGGCGAUAAGGAUGAUAUAAAGAUUAAGGAAGUAUAUGAGUUGGGCCACAAGCCGAUUAAAACUGAGAGCCCUCUUCAAAAAUGGUCUCGAGGCCAACUUACAGAUCGUAUGCACAGGCUGAUCAACAGUUGCAUUCAAUCGUCUUCCGACAUUUUGGAUGACUCACGCACCUCCAAUUCUACCGAUACCGCUCCAAUCACGGCCUCCUAUGCCUCUUCUACACAUUCAUUUUCAAAUGCUGCUGGCAAUUUUUCUUCGAAUUUCUUACCUCAACUUGACGGCACUUUUGACCCCGAAUGCGACGAGUCCAGAGAAGACACGUCUGCCGUCUCUUCCUACCCCUCGCCAGUCUUCACUGCUCACAAUUCCAACCUUUCUACGGGGCCCUCUACGAGCAAUGGAGCCCACUUUGCCACUUCACUUAGCUCGACUUAUUCCCAACAUCCCUCUAUGCUUCCUUCUUCAUCAUCCCAAUCAGCAAUUUUUCCUACCCAGCUGGCCACAGCUCUUACUUUGACCAGUCCCAUUACGUGUGCUGGCUACUCAGACGAGAAUCAACCUCUACCGCAGUUAUAUUCUUCAGGAGCUGUUAGUAGUACUGGUGCCACUAGUGGUUAUCCGACGCCACUUUUUCCUCUUUCCUCUGACUCUCCGGCCAAGUCAGGCAUCACUCGUCUUUCUACACCUAACGCUGCCAACAUUAAUACAACUGCUAAUGACGGUGGCAGUGCUAGUGGCUCUUUUCCUGUCAAGACGACCAUUACUGGCGCCCACUUUCAACUUGCGGCCAAACAGCCAACCCAUGCGUCUGGAGUGUCUCAACUUUCUACUCUACCUCCGUCAGGUGUACGGUUCGCUUUACAAACAUCGCCACUGUCGCAGCAACAACAACAGCGUUCUUCAUUGGUCUCGGGACAGAUCUCUCCAUCCAUUAAUCGAGAAAAGCGUCGAGUUAGUCUAGAGUCAGCUGAGCCAAAUUUUAUCUUACCUCAGGCACCUGGGCCUGCUGCAUGGCUAGUUCAUGACGAAAAGGCCGAUUUAAUUUCCGGGUUUGUACCAGUAAGUUUUAAGUUUGAAUAUGCACUUUUCUGUAUGGUCUAA